UUAUUCCGCUUGGUGAUUUCCCUGAGAACGAGGCACCUUUGCUGCUUCACCCCCUCAUGUUUCCUCUGAGAUUUUCUGCGGGGUGUCACCCCCGAGUUCGGAAAUAUCACAACGCUCGCUUUUGGGGGGGGGGAAAGGAAAAUAGUCGCGCUCAUAUUUUUUUGUUCCCAUCAUUUCGAGUGUGUUUGCUGCGAGGUGAAUGCACUUUAAUCCCAUUUGCAGCUUAGACAUUUAGAAACGCUUGCAUCUUGUGCUGCAGGUGCAACUGGGAAAAGAGAUGCUCUGCUCCGUGUAGGAGUCGCCGAACUCGGUACUGGAGAGUCCAUCUUUGUUUGAUACUGUCUUCAGUCUUAUCUGUCGGUCGUUUUCCUGUGUGUGUGUGUGUGUAUGUAGAGGAUAUGGGUUUCUUUGAGACGCUGUUUUUCGUGCUGUUGAAACCUCAGCAGACUUCUGGGUGUCUCUACCAGGAAGUUCAGAAGCGACCUCUUUACUGUAACCACACUUGAAUUCUUGGUGGUGCUUAUUUAAAGUCAUGCUGCUGUUUGGUCCAAUGGAAAGAAGUCUUUCAGUGCUAUGUGAUGAUAUGCAGACGCGUACACGCAGGUAAUGAUCCAUAUAAUCUAAUUUACACACAGUAGUGCUCCAUCCUCAUAAGGUGAUGGAGCACUAACUGGUCCAUGAUGUGGACUCGUCCAACAGGUACCAUCAGGAUUCGCUGGGAGUCUUAGUCAGCACAUCCCUCCACCCACACCUCUGCAGCUUCCCCCUGUUGCCACACAAGCUUAGUUUUGUAUCCGCGCCAACACCGGGGGUGACCGAGUUUGAGCCGGCGCUCCCGUUUCAUCGUUCGGAGGUGAUUGGAUGGAACGGGCUCCGUCCGACGAUAACAGCAAAUCCUGUUGGUGUCGACAUGCCGACUGACUUCAUUAGUCUGUCUGAGCUGGUUAAACGCGGCCUCAGGAAGUCCAGCCCAGUGUUUGUGCCCAGCCGAGAUAUGACUGAGGUGAUGAUCAGCAGCACCCCCAUGGAGGACAUGAGGCUGAGCCCCAGCAAGGACAGACUCUCCUUCCAGAUAUUCCCGGACCCGUCGGACUUCGACCGCUGCUGUAAGCUUAAAGAUCGCCUGCCGUCCAUCGUGGUUGAGCCGACGGAGGGAGAAGUGGAGAGCGGGGAGCUUCGCUGGCCUCCAGAGGAGUUCCUGGUCAGUGAGGAGGAGGAGGAGGAAGACGAGGAACAGAGCAAUGGCAGCGGUCAAAAUGGACAGGCGAUGCAGAAUUCUCAGCACUAGUGGCUGCGUUGCGUCGCCCGCGCCCCCGUUCCGCGUCUCUCUGCUUGUCUCGGUUUUCACACACUGGUUACGCCUCACUUCAGUUACGCCACCUGGACCGGCAGACCGGCAUUCAGUGUCUUGGGGCGACGUCUUGUUGCCCUCAAUACCAAAGCGUUGCUCCCACAAAAGAAGCAAUCUGCACGCGUUCACUUACAGUAAUUUAUCCUUCUCGAGUGUGACCCCUCCCAAGCUGACGCCGUCUUCGCACCGCGGACGGGUGACCUUUUGGACGGCAGCCUCACCGCUCCGUGGACAACCCUUCGUCUGCAAGGGGCUACGACUGCGCUCGACACCAAAAUGGCUGGCGUUAUGACCCCAGAGACUUCCUCCUCCAUGCAGAACUACUGUGGUACCUGUGGGGAUCACUGUCUACAGUGCACUGUCUGUACCUGGUAACGUUAGUUGUGAUUUCCACUACUGUCCAUAGAUUUGUUUCUGACAAGUGAAUAUUGUCUUGAAGUGGGUGUUUUGUGUAAAUUGUCACUGGGUCUCUUUCCUCCAAGAUAUGUCAAGUAUUUUUGUGACCUUUUUUUGUAUCAGGCAUUUACAAUAUUAAAAAAAGAAAAAAGUCCAAAAGGCAUCUCUAAGAAGUGAGCUGAAAGUGAAAGGUCGGGGGGAAAACCCUGCAUGACCUGCGAGCCUAAAUACUUGUAACAUGAAUUAAUUGUACUAAAGCUUAUUAUGCAGUUAAGCCAUUAAUGCUCUGAUCACGUUGGCCUCAGCUCUUGUGAUAAAUAGUGCUUGCGUGAGAUUAAGUAAUAAAAGGUUGUGGGGGGGAAAAAGGGGAGACGUUGGGGCUUUACAUGAAGCAACAUGCAGAUCCAGUGAAGGAGGUGAAAGGCCUUGUUUCCGUAUGAGCCAACCCUGAGGCCUUGUACUGUAGUGGUUUGAUCUUGUUUGUACUAUGGGCUAGAUGUGUAGGAUGAAAACCAAGAAUCCCUGAGCUGUAUGCACAUGAAGUGAAAGCUCACACUUUGAGUCUUCCUAUUGUGUUUUUUCUUUUUUUUUGCGGGUCUGACAUCAUGAAGUUCAGACUUAAUGCUGUGAGGCAGAGUUAAUGAAAGAGGAUAUGGAAAUUGUAUGUGAAACCAUGUGAGUAUUCAUGAUUAAACCAGUCCUGACAUUUGAGAAAAGCCAUUUAUAGGAAUUCUGGUUUCUUCUCAUUGUAGUGACGUUUCGCCUUUCAUCUGCCUGUAUUACACUUUAAACAGUUGGCAUCUUUGCUUCUUUGAAAUCCCACUUACUGGUUGUGUACAUUGGAUUCUGUGGCACAGUCUCAUACUGUUGUACAAGCAUGACUGAUGCACUGUUAGUCUGUUGUUCCUUUUCAUUUGCGUGGCAUUAGAGCUGUAUUUUCUCUCUCAUCGUCUACAGGUCCCACCUUGUUUUUGUAAAGCUCAGGGAGAUUAGCCGGCAUCUUUUUUUUUCUUUUUUGUAUUUCACUUUUCUCUGACAACUACAGAGGCUGUAAAUAAACGUUUGAAUUUGUUA